CCGGCCCAUGGUGCGAGUCUGGGAGCGGCCGCCCGGGCCGGACCGCGUUUGGAGCCUUUUAGACUGCCUGUGAAAUGGAGGAUAGGAGAAAUGUUUCCUUCCCAGGCCUCCCUCCUCCCCAUGACUACCUCCUGGCGACCUCAACACAAGUACAGAAACCUGGCCUUAACUUCUGUGUAGCAGUGGUCUUUGGAAAUGGAAGGUUUAGGAGAAACUGCCCCUUCUGACCCCCCUAACCCAGUCCUACCCGGAAAACCAACAAGGAAAGUGAGAACCCGAAUUCUCAGAGGUUCCUGGUGUUGCGUCCUAAUCUGAGACUUACAAACCGAAAGAAGACUCAAGCUGAGACCUGUUUGGUUCUCUUCACUAUAUAUUGUCUUUGGGAUCUGCAUGGCCUUCGGUUAAGAUUUGCUUGUUAAAAGCUAUCUCUGAAGGGCACAAAUCAGAAAGCACCAUGCCUCCUAAUAAAGAGGCCAGCAGUCUUAAUACCUCGCAUGCGGGGCUCAUCUGCCUCCCUCCAAUCUCUGAGGACCUCCAGCUUGUGUGGACUCAAGCAGCCCAGACCAGUGAGCUGGAUGGCAAUGAACACCUGCUACAAACCUUCAGCUACUUCCCCUAUCCUAGUCUAGCAGACAUUGCCCUUCUCUGCCUACGCUAUGGGCUGCAGAUGGAGAAAGUCAAGACUUGGUUCAUGGCCCAGCGCCUCCGCUGUGGCAUCAGCUGGUCAUCUGAAGAAAUAGAAGAGACUCGAGCCCGAGUGGUUUAUCACAGGGACCAACUCCAUUUCAAAUCCCUUCUCUCUUUUACUCAUCAUGCAGGGCGGCCCCCAGAGGAGGUGCCGUCUUCUCCAGUGCCACCUCCAGAACAAGUUAGUCUUGGAAUAGUGCCCCUGACUCUUAGUGAGCCCGCCCAGAUGAAAGGAUUAAAGGUAGAGCCUGAGGACCCCUCAGAGCCACUGAGUCACCAGAAAGCAAAGGAACCCCUGGUUGCACCUGGCAGUGGGGCACUCUCCCACCAAUCAGAAUUUUGGCAGGAUCUUCAGAGCAGUGGCCUCUCUAAGGGGCAGGCAGGCAGGGGUCCUGACCAGUCCCAUGGCCUUGGUACUGCUUCCUGGAACCACUCCACAGCUGCCCACCAGCCACAUGUUCCAGAUAAGCCCACACCAACCUCAUUACCUGCCAGUAGUUGUAAGCAGGGGUCGGCAUCUAAUGUGACUCCUCCUUCCUCUACCUCUUCUUCCUCUUUCCAGGUACUGGCUAAUGGAACUACAGCCACCUCUAUACCCCUCCAGUCACUGGGCUGUCUCCCACAGCCACUGUCACCCAAUGAACAGGCUCUACCUGCACAUGUGGAGCCAGCCUGGCCCCAGCGGCUAAGACCUAACUCAGUAAUAGAUAGGGUUGGCCCUGCAGAGUACCUUUCCCCAGAUACCCAACGCCAGCGAAAGACCAAGCGCAAAACCAAAGAGCAGUUGGCUAUCCUCAAAUCGUUUUUUUUACAGUGCCAAUGGGCACGCCGUGAGGAUUACCAUAAAUUAGAACAGAUCACUGGUUUACCUCGGCCUGAGAUUAUUCAGUGGUUUGGUGACACACGCUAUGCCUUGAAGCAUGGGCAACUAAAAUGGUUUCGGGACAACGCAGUAUCUGGUGCCCUUAGUUUCCAGGAUCCAGCAGUUCCCACACCAUCGCCUUCAACCCGCUCCUUGAAUGAAUGGGCUGAGACACCACCUCUGCCAAUGCCCCCACCUCCGCCGGAUAUACGGCCCUUGGAGAGGUACUGGGCAGCGCACCAACAGCUACGGGAACGUGAUGUCCCUCAGCUGAGUCAGGAGUCAAGGCUUAGCACCCAGCAAGUACUGGAUUGGUUUGAUUCUCGGUUACCUGAGCCAGCUGAGGUGGUGGUUUGUCUGGAUGAAGAAGAGGAAGAGGAGGAAGAGGAAGUGCCAGAAGAUGAGGAUGAAGAGGAGGAGGAGGAGGAAGAGGACGACAGUGAUGAUGAUGUGAUCAUACAGGACUGAAAGGAGGGCUAUGGGAAGGGCAGUCUUGUUACUGAAAGACAACCAACUUAGUAACUGUUUAAACAAACCACAUUUUUAAAAUUACCUUGUGGCAAAGAACUGAAAAGCUUUGUGUUCUUGAGGUUUGGGGAAAGGUGGAUGUUAUGAGGGUGAACCAGGGAGGAUGAGCAUAAGGCACAAAUGUAGGGAUUGAAUGGGCAAAAGUCCAGACCUCUAGCCUCAAUGAAGAGUGUGCUAAGGAUCUGGUCCAGACUAUGGGCUGGGCAAAGGCUCUUGCUCUCAUCUGCUGUUCUUUUCCCUUAGUAUACUACGGAGAGGCCCGGCCUUAGUUUCAUGUCUAUAGGAGGAUUGGAAAGAAGGAGUAAAGAAUUUUGAUUGAAUUGAUUCCAAUGCCUCUCCUAGUCCCACCAUUUUUCCUGGAGUACAAGGCUGCCUUGCACCUCUCCUUUUCUCUCUGAGCACAAGUCCAAGCAUAAUGCAGCUAAAAUAUCAGUAUGUCCCAGUCACACAAAUAUUUCAACUCUGUAUGUUUUACCUGCUUCAUUGUUGAGUCACACAGGAAGCAGAAUGUUUCCAUUUCUGAAACUGGGACCACUUUGCCUUGUACCUUUUUAUCUCUUUCCAAAAUCCCCCAUUCUCUUCACUAUGUCUCAGGGUAAAUCUUCCCCAUGGAGCUUGUGGAAAAAAAAAACUGGGUGGAGAAUAAUUUAGACUGGAUAUUUAUUGAAGGUGGGAAUUAGGGGAGAUGUCCUUUAAAAAAAAGUAGAAUUAGGUUACAGAGGUAUAGAGGGAAUGGUUUCUACCAUUCAGAAGACUGCAGGUAGGUUCUAGGUUUGGUUUUACAAGCCUGACACUCCGUCCUGCCUGACUUGACAGAAUGAUUUUUCGUCUUUUUGGUGUUGGUUCAAUUUGUAUACAGAGGAAAGACUUGCCCGUCUCUAUAGGAGCUGCCUUGGGGACAGAAGGAACAUGGUCUUUAACUGAAUUGGUUUUAAUCAGUUGGGGUCAGAUACAAUGGUAUCAGUGGGUUAACCAUAUAGAAGUAAGAGUGGAAGCCCCAAAUUGCUAGAAUAAUAAAAAGGCCAAAAGUGAAGUUGUUUCUCUCUCCUCUGCUUUGCCACCUACAUGGUUUAGGGAUUAAUGGAGCCCUAUCGAUUAACAUUCUGAUUAGUAUACAUUUUAUUUAUUUUUGAAGCAGCAGGAUGUAUUGAGGUAAAGCAAACAAUAACUUUGAGAGGCAGUAAGUCAGUAUCACUAGGGAGAUUGUUUCCUGUACCUGCACAGCACAGGCUCUUGUUCAGAAGAUGAGGUGUGUCUAGAAAUGCCUUUAAACAAAUUCAGAGUUCCAAAAAUGGUAAUGUGAUCUUAGUUCAGCUGCAAGGUCACUGCUAAGACCUAAUAUAUUGCUGGCAGAUGCUAUCUACAUUUUUUCAUUAUUUUUGCUUAAGACCUGCCUAAUUGUGGCCUACCCAUUUAAUUCCUUAUUUCUACCCCUUAGUACUCAAGGAUAAAUUUUUGCUCUCAGUGGUAGUGUUCUUUGCCCAUUCCACCAUUCUAGAGCU